AUCUGUUCUUUUUUAUUACUUAAAGUAACAGUUAAAAUCACAUGUAAGAGAACUAGUGUCCAAUAUUAUUUUUUGUAUAUCUACAAGAUAAAAACUAGAUUACCAAAUGCUCACACAGUAAUAUACAUUUAAGAAAAAAAUUACCCUCUUGGUGCAGUCCAUGAAAAAAUAAAUUAUGCUUGUUUUGUUACCAUUCCAACCUACUUGUGUUUGGCUGCUUCUGACUUUUUGUUUUAAAAUAAUGUACUGUCAAUUAUUGACAUGUGACACAUUUUAAUUUUAAUAGAAUAUUCUAUUACUGUGUGUAAAAAUGAUAGAAUUAGAAAAUUAUAAAAGCAAUAUUGAUGUUGUUGAUAAAUAUGGCUUAAAAAAUGUCAAAAUUGGUAAAGGUACAGUAUAUACAGGAGAUACACAGCUCAUCAAUGAACGAGUCAAAGAAAAUGAGAUAACCUGUAACCUAUUAGGAGGUGCAGUAAUUGGCUUGGGUAACACAAUAGCCCCUUAUCCUGAAGAUACCAGAUACUGUGAUCUUUGGACGGAUAUUGAUGCUCAAGAAUUACACUUGAUGGGCAAACCAACAUGUUACUUAAUCUUUGGGAAAGCGGGUGCGGGAUCAUUUACUCUCGGUGAAGCAAUGGCGAAAAAGUACAACUGUAUUCAUUUAUGUCCUAAAAAUAUAUUGGCAGAUGAAAUCUCACAACUAAGUGACACUGGGAAAACUUGGGAUUUUAAUAUGAGACAUAAUAAAGUAUGUCUCUUUGAUAUGUUGUUGACUAUGCUAAAAAUUAAAUUAAACUCUGAAGCAGUUCAACAUAGAGGCUACGUAAUAUCUGGUUUCCCUAUGGUGUCAGCAAGUAGAAACCGCCUCCAUUACAUUAAUUCACUGCAUGGGGAAGUAUCUUUCUUAGAAAUUGAUGAAUUGUUGUUUGAAACAAUUCGUAAUUUGAAAAAAAAGAAACCGAAGUCUGCGGAUGCGGCUCAUUCAUCUAAGAGUAGUGAAAUGGUAAACCCAGAAGAUGAAGAAGAAUUAGAGGAAGAAGAAGAACCUGACGAAGACCAGGAUGCAGAAGAAGGUCUUGAGGAAGAGGAAGAUAAACCUGCUGAACUACCAGAAUUUGAGUUGGAUACGUGUUCUAACGUUAUAAUCCACAAGAAACCUCAUUUCCAAUCAACACAAGCUGUGAUUUUAAGUCAGUUCCAAGAGUUAUUCAAUUUAAGCCUCAAACCUGAUAUUAUAAUUUAUAUCACUUGCCCAGAACAAGAUCUAGUAAAAAUGAGAAGUCACAGAUAUAUUAAUUACAGAACAGGACAAAAUAUUAUUAAACCAUUUACUUCAGAUUAUGUUCAAGAAGAUUAUUGGCCCUCGAAGUACAAUGUUAGUGACUACGAGAAUCCUCAUGAGACUCGCGUUUUUCAACCGAAAUAUAACUGCAAACCACCUUUAAAUUAUGAAGAAGUAGUUAUUCAGCAAAUUUGUAACUAUAAAACUUUCGUCUCUCCAUAUAUGGAAAAGAAAUUGAAAGACUUUGAUCCUAAAAUGGUUAUAGAAUUAGAUGGUCGUACUUUAUGUAAUCAAAUGCUUCAUCUGGUUUCAGAAAGGUUGAUUUUAAUGAGAUUACAGCCUGUUAUUUUACCACAACCAUUGAAUUUGGAAACUCCACCCGAAGAUCUGGAUGAAUUUUGGGCUGCUGUGGCAGAAAAUAAUUCAAUCCGCAGUGGUAACAUUAAUUUUGCAUAUCACGCUUCUCACUGGUUUAACAGGUGCCCUGUUGAACUAAAACUAAGACGAUCAGUAGUAGGAAACCCCAAAUAUGCUGUUAUGUUGUUCGAUCAUGUUUAUCUGAUGUCUUCACUAAAAAAUUUCAUAUUAUUUAACAGAAAUCCACGACGUUACUUAAGGAUUAAAUAUUUGGAACCAACUUGCAGAGUUAUAGUAGCAGGCACAAAAUCUUCUGGAAAAUCGUUAAUUUCUCAUUGUUUAUCGUGGCUGUUUGAUGCUCCCAUAUUACAUUAUGACUCCAUUGUAGAAUAUGAAAAAGAAAAAAAGUUUGGCAUUUUUUCCAAAAGUAUUUUAUCUGAAAUAAUUGCUACUCUAGAAGACGCUCGGAUUGAACAAUGGCAAAUAGCAGAUGCAGAUCGAGUAACAAAAUUAAAUGAAUGGUGCAAGUCUGCCUUGCAAUUGUUAAACAAAUAUCUACCUUUAUUACAACAAAAAAAAACAUUUGAAGAAAAUAAGACAAAACAUGAUAAGAAAGAAAAAUCUGAUGAAGAUCAGGAAUUGACUGAGGAAGAGCUAAAAGAAGAAGAGCAGUCUAUUACGGACCCUGAAAUAGAAAUUGAACCAACAUUUUUAAAUGAAUUCAAUAAUCUAAGAACGCAGCUGUCAUUUCUUCCAAUAUUGGACAGUAUAGAGGAAUGCCAAAAGGCUCUUACUGAUGAAGACCUAUCUCAAUAUGCACCUACUGAAUUGUCAAAUGAAACAGAGAAGCCACAAAUUCCUAUGAUAGGCGAUGAAGAUGUUACUAUAGCCAUUUCUAAUUAUAUUAAAGCGAAUGACUUGCAAAAAGAACUCGUGCCAACUACUGAAGAAAUAAUGACAGAAAUCAUCAGAUUAAUAAAUGCGAUUGACACUGAGCACCAGGAAAAGACUCAAUCAGAUGAAAUGUAUGGAAAAUAUAUUUUAGAUGGCUUUCCAUCGGAUCCGGAACAUUGGAAUUAUCUCAUCGAGACUAAGUUAACUCCUGAUUACACUAUAGCAGUGAUUGAAAAUCGGGAGAUCGAUCAAGAUCUUUAUGAAUAUUACAGUAAGGCUGACAAAUAUACUCGUACUAAACGAUACGCUGAGAAAUUCUUUUUGGCAGACGAUCCUUUACUUCAUGCUAAAUUGCAAUCAAUACAAUUGCAACGUUUGCAAGAGUCUGAUUUACGAAUAAUAGUAGAAAAUUUAAUACACGAUACUCUUGAUAUUUUGUUUGGAACUGAAACACUGUCUGAUGAAGAAACUCUUCAAAAACCAUCUUUAGAAGGAGAAUCUCAAACUCAAUUUAUUUCACAUCUUACAGAAAAAAUUGAAAAAUUUCGCGAGGAAUGGGAUAGUGUUAAAGUAAGGUUAGAGGAUAAAUCCAAAGUUUACAUAGAAAUAGAACUUGAAAAUAAAAAUGAUGUGCAAGUUAUCGAAGAAAUGUUAGUAAAACUACGCCAGGGCUAUAUGUUUUCGGGAGAAGUUGAUGAAGAAGGAGAAGGCGACUCACCAGAAGAGGACGAGGACGAGACUAAAAAAGAUCUUCUUACCUACAAUGACUCCCAAAUUCUAUGCGAGACGAAUACAUACUGCCCGGUAGCGUAUUAUGACAUUGGUAUUUUAUGGGAGGGAAAACCAGAAUUUUGCCUUACUUAUAAUAACAGAAAACAUUACUUUUGCAAAGAAGAAUUCUUAGAAAAAUUUAGGAACAAUGUAGGUAAAUAUCAAUUUUAUAAAAAUCCUUUUAAAAAAAUACCGAAAUUGAAGAUCUGUGUAAUAGGAUGCGCUGGUAGUGGUACAACAACUUUAUCCAAAUUCAUAUCUAAAGAGCUCGGAUUACUACAUAUUGAUUAUUCAUUCGUUGUUAACGAAUAUUUAAUUCCAAGACAUUAUAAGAAAGUUGGACGACAAUACGAAAAUAUAUUUACUGAUGAACCUAUAGACGACGAAGGUGUUGUAGAAUUUCAAAUGGGUGAAGAAAAUCAAAAUCUCGAUAUAUUGACAAAUGAAAAGGAAACGAGGCGAAUGUUGUAUAAUCACUUUGAACGUGGUGCUCCCAUCGCAUCAAUACUUAUGCAUAGACUACUUCAGAAGGCUUGGUUCGAUCCCCAACUAAAAAUGGGAUUUGUUAUUGAUGGCUACCCAAGAAUACCCAACGACAUUGAGGACAUGCUAGCGUGUUAUAGUAUACCCGAUGUGGUGAUGGAAUUGGAUACUUCUUUAGAAACCAUCCACAAGCGAAUGGUUCCCAUAAUGUUCAAUCGAUGGAAAUCUCAGCAACAUGAGGCCAAACGGGUAGCCGCUGCUAAGCUACAAAAAGCACGAAAAGAAUGGAUGGAUGUUAUAACAAAAAAAAUUGUUAACAAACUUAUUAUAGAAGAAAUAAUUGACUCAAUUUUUUCGUCUAGACCCGAUGCCGCGGCUACUGAGAGUGUCAUAAUAGAUGCACAUCCUGCAGGAUCUGCUAAUGUUGACCCAGUCUUAUUUAAUACAUAUAAUGAAAUGGUUCAAGAAUAUCCUGAGCCGAAAGAUACAAAUGUGUGGGAAAAAGCCGAUGAAGCACGUGAAAGAAUAGAAGCCAGAUUAGAACUUAUAUAUGAAACUGAUUUAGAUAAUCUCGGUGCACUUAAAGAAGCUUUAGCGGAACAAAGAAUUAAGCUCGUAACAAUUAACGGUAACAAACCCUUUAAUAAAGUUGCAAGGGAUGCUUUAUCGAAGUUGACACCCUUGAACACAAGAGGCUCAUCAUUUUUCGAGCAAACUUUUGUUGUUAGUCCUGAUAUUGCCGAGGUACUACUUUUGAGGGGUUUUAUUUUUUUUAGCAAGUUCUAUCGUCUUUGUCCAGUAUAUAUCUUUGAAAAUCCAACAACUAUAUUGAAUUCUUAUAAAAUUGCAAGACGUAAAGGUACACUCUUUCCAGUUGUCCAUAGAUGUUUUAUAUAUUUUAUUAGCAGUGCAGAUAAUGUUAUUAAGUUUCGCACUAAUCCGCUGAAAUAUAUAACCAGUGAAGUUAUCAAGUCCUAUUUCGAGUAUCCUCUAAGGAUCGGUAUUAUAGGUUCACCUAAAUCAGGAAAUAGCACACUGGCUGCGAGACUGGCUAAACAAUAUGGAUUAAUAGCUUUAUCGAGAGGAAAGGCCGUGAGAAACGUGUUAGAAAAUUUUCACUGGUCAGAAUUGGCUAUCAAAAUAUCUAAAAAACUUCGACAGGGACAAAAAAUUGAUGAUGACCAAAUUGUAAAAGCUAUUCAAACUAUGGCAAUUGAUCAUCGGACGGUUACCUAUGGAUUCAUAUUUGAUGGCUUUCCUGCUACACCUUACGAAGCCAGAGGGUUAGUCAAAAAUGGUCUUUACCCUAAUAUAAUAUUCGAUCUUAAUUCUAAAAAGCUGAAAGUAAUAGAAAACGCGGAAAAUGAAAUUUAUUAUGACAUAUUAAAAUAUAUUCCUCCUUUUCCAAUACCUCUUAUCGAAAAAAGGUACGAGAAUUGGCAAAUAAGGCGACAUAAAAUAAAAAAGUGGAUCAGUGAUGAUUAUCAAAAUAUAAUCCGUUUGGACGGAAACCAAUCUAAAUGGCAUGUUUUCAAACAGGUAAAUGAUGAACUAUCGCAGGUAAUUUCUAAGAUACAUUUCUAUGUCUGCAAUGUUGACAAUGAUGUUGUGCAUGCGAUGUGGAUUUCGAAUGCAGCAUUUGAAGAAAGACAAUCCGAGUAUAAGGAUUUGUGUCCCGUAUGUUUACCUAAUAGAGUGUACAAGCAUAUGACCGGCUAUGCAUCCGAUAAAACUGGCAUUGUCCAAUAUCAGAACAAAUUUUAUUGGAUCUGUCCGGAACAUAUAGAUGAAGUAAUGAAGUACCCACAAACACACCUGAAACCUUCAAAAGUAGAAAUACCUGAUUUGCCUGCUGUCAUCAAAAUAGUUAACUUAGAUUUCGUUUAUGCAAAUGGUAUAUGCAUAGUUACAUAUGCUGAAAAUUUGCCAGCACAGAUAAUAAAAAGCGGCACUAAAGAGUUUGCUGCAAGUUAUGGUGGUAAAGCAUACUUAUUUUGCAGUGAUACAUGUCUCCGUAAGUUUUUGAGUAAACCGUUUUUGUAUUACGACAUAACUGUUUUCCAAGAAACAAAACUGUUUGCCAAAUUGGACUUACACAAACUUCCUGACAUUGGCUACUUAGAACAAACUUUGGCCAAUAUUUUAACAGCUGCAUGUUGCUCAGUCAAUGUGUUUAGACCAAAGUAUCCAGGGCUCUCCUUUCAAACAUCCGCUUUGAUUCACAUAGCUCUAUAUUUGAAGACAAAUAAUCCUCGAAUAGAAAAAAGUAAGAAGAAAAUGUACUUAAAGGCUUUAAAAGUAUUUGAGGCUCGGUGCAAGUUGAUAUUAAAUGUAGGUUUACGUUUGAGGGCUAUGGAUAAUCCAUUUUUGAGUUAUCCUAAAUGUCACCACAGAGCGCCUACACUUCGACCUAGUAAAGUUGAAGAAGACUUUUAUUCGUCGGUAGAUUUGCAGAGACCGUCCGCCAUGCUUCAGAGGACUUCUAAUUAUGUUCAAAUGCAUAAACCGUCAUUCCAUCACCCACAGUCGAGGCGUUCAACAGUAACAAGUCAGAUGAGGAGAAGCACCAUCGGUGCCAUCUCUACCAUCGACCAAACAGAAGAACAAAACUGAGCACUUACCUUAUGAUUCAUUGUGUUCACUUUGAAUACAUUCACUUUUUUAAGUACCUACAUAACUUACUAAAAUGUUCUAAUGUUACAUUUAUUGUUCAUCUUAGAAGAAGCAAAUAUUAGUUUAAACUAUUUUAACUCUAAUUGUAGAAUUAAAUAUUUAGUUUUCUUUAUUUUAUGAUUUAAAACUAGUUACCAGAAUUGUAUUUUUUUAACAAACUAGAAUAUACACUAUAAACGUAACUAAUUCAAGUUUUAUUUGUCUGUCGAUGCAAAGAAAAGCAAUGGUACAUAAGGUUAGCAAUCCAUAUGUGUAAUGUUCUUAAUUUUUUACAUUAAGUAUGUUCAUUCUGUAUUAAUUUGUAUGCCUAACCAAAUGUAUUUUAUUU